CCUGAGGUCGCCGACUACCUACCCUUCUCAACACUCCGUCCUAGCAAUCGAGCAUGUCCGCGGCUGAGACCAAGCCCUAUUUUUGGCCGCCGCCGUGGUCUGAAUGAUUCGAUGACAAUAACGAUCGCCAAAUAUUCCCAAAACAAGACAAAGGCAAACCUGUCCUGCCCUACCGUACAGUAGACCAGAGACUUUUUCGCCCUCAGCGCCUGGCAAAGCAUGAACCACGCUUGUUGUCGCUAGGGGCGCGCAGGCGUCGGUCCUUUGUAGUCGGGCUGGCGAGGACUGACUCUUCGAUGAUGAAAUCCUCGGGGUCCAGUAAAUCGUGGCAUAGGGGGGAAGGAGUACUUCCAGCACUGGCCUCUCCUCGCCUCGUAUCGUAUCUGGUAGAUAGAUUCUACCCUAUCCACAUCAUCCGCGUAAUCUUCACUCCGCCAUCAGCAGAGCAGCACCAUGUCUAGCAGUAUCUUCUGUCCCUCCGAGGGGGAUUCCCCCGUCCCCACGCCCCUAUUCUCCGCUCCCGCAACCCCCGACACCGAACGUGACGAAUACUUCGACGAGCCCUCUCUCAGUCUCGCGAGUCAGAACCCGCAAUACAUCCUCGUCACCGGCGGCCUAGGAUACAUCGGAAGCCACACAUCCCUGGAACUGCUGAAAGCCGGGUACAACGUCAUCGUUGUGGACGAUCUAAGCAACAGCUUCCGCCAUGUCUUUGACCGGAUUCUCCUGGCUGCGAAACUGCACUUUGAUCGCGCAGGCGGUCGCUGUCCCCGGGCCGAACUCAAUUGUAUCGAUUUUCGAGACAUUCCCGCCAUGACUGCCCUCCUGGCCUCCCACACAGCAGUAGAGGGACAUCGCUCCAAUAUCACAGGCGUGAUUCACUUCGCAGCCUACAAAGAAGUCAAUGACAGUCUUCGUAACCCGCUGAAGUACUACCAGAAUAACUUGAGCGGAUUGGUGGAUCUGAUUACCUUGCUUGAUGAGCAUAAUAUCAAAACCUUCAUUUUUUCCUCCUCGGCCAACGUCUACGGCACGUUGGCUCAAGACCAUGGCUCGCUCCGCGAAGAACACUGCGUCCAUCGGAGGGAAACCUACCUCGACCCUACCACCGGCGAGGAAAUCUCCACCGAACAAGGCUGCACGGGAAUCACUAAUCCCUAUGGCCGAACUAAAUUCUUCGGUGAGGCUAUUCUCUCCGAUGUGGCGGCCUCGGAUCCCAGCUGGACGAUCAUCGGACUUCGGUAUUUCAAUCCUAUCGGAUGUGAUCCGUCUGGUCUGUUGGGCGAGGAUCCGCGUGGGGUUCCCUCGAACUUGGUUCCUGUUGUGGUGCAGGUUCUGACGGGGCAAUUGACUGAGUUGGCGGUUUAUGGCACCGACUGGGCGACGGCCGACGGCACGGCAAUUCGGGAUUUCAUCCAUGUUUCGGAUGUGGCGAGGGGUCAUACGGCUGCGUUGGCGGCUGCUUUGACGCGUCAGGUGAGGACGAACUUCCGGGCGUUCAAUCUGGGGACGGGGAGUGGGCAUUCGGUGGCGGAGGUGGUGAGUGCUAUGGAGGGGGUGGUUGGGAAGGAGAUUCCCAAACGGGUUGCGGAGAGACGGCCAGGAGAUGUGGAAAGCUGUGUGGCAGUUGCGGAGAGGGCGGGGAGAGAGUUGGGCUGGAUGGCAGAGAGGUCGUUGGUAGAUGCGUGUAGGGAUUUGUGGAAUUAUUUAAGGAUGGGGGAGAUGGAGGAGGUGUUGUGAGUCAAGCUGGGAUGUUUGGCCAGCGGAGAAGGAGGGAGGAUUGUUUGCACAUGGAAUUUGUUUUGUUUGUUAAUAUUUGCUUUGGUUGUAUAGAGAACCGUACAUAAUCUACAUAAUGGCUCCGCGGUAUGUUUUCUUCUUCCAAGGGGAUAUGGUGGCGCUGCACAUGCUGUCAGCGGAGUCUUGGCUGGUCGCCUUCUACUUGCUUGGUUUGAUCUAAAUGGUGGGUAGGUUGGUUCUUUGUUGACUU